AUGAAUGACAUUCUUGCUCAGGUUGCGACAAAUACAGAAACUGCAAAAAAUGUAGGAAAUGCUAUUUUGUACGAGACGGUGUUGACAAUCAUGGAAAUCAAGAGUGAGAGCGGUCUCAGAGUACUCGCUGUCAAUAUUCUUGGACGGUUUCUGUUGAAUCCAGAUAAGAAUAUAAGAUAUGUGGCGUUGAACACGUUACUCAAAACAGUUUCUAUUGACUAUCAAGCAGUGCAGCGCCAUCGCACUACUGUUGUGGAUUGCCUUAAGGAUCCAGAUGUGUCCAUAAGGAAGAGAGCAAUGGAGUUAUGUUUCGCUCUAAUGAACAAGACCAACAUAGCCAACAUGACGAAAGAGAUAUUGAUUUUCCUGGAAACUGCUGAUCCGGAAUUCAAGGUCGAAGAAACUGAUGUUGUUGAAGUUUUUGAACAUGUGCUGCCGUCGACACUAACUUCGUUAUCCACGAAAUGUUAUGCAGUAACUGCAUUGGCAAAAUUGGCAACCAGGUUUGUACUACUUCCAUUGUUCUCGGUGAUGUCUCAAUUUUUGAGUCGCUCAAGUAAGCGAUCACUCACUGCAUUGCUUUUAUAACU